AAUGGAAUAUUAAGUAUUCAGGACCGUAUAAUAAAAAAAAACUUAAAAAAAAAUAGCAAUGCCAACAUCUCAAAUUGUAGAAAGGCUUUACUUCCUUUUCUCGUGUACUGUUGACAGCGCGAGGUUAUAAUUUCUAUUUUGUAAUAAAAAGUGCUUUAAUAAUGGCGGAGGAGAACUGGAAUGAAGAAACCAUCGAGUCUGGCAGCAUGGCUGUUGAAACCAUGCCCCUACCACAACCGGCUGAUAUUCCCGAAAUUAAGUUAUUCGGGCGAUGGAGUUGUUAUGAUGUCCAGGUUUCGGAUAUGUCUCUUCAGGAUUACAUUUCUGUAAAGGAGAAAUAUGCUAAAUAUUUACCUCACUCUGCUGGUAGGUACGCACACAAGCGUUUCCGUAAAGCUCAGUGCCCUAUUGUGGAACGUUUGACCAACUCGUUGAUGAUGCAUGGACGCAACAAUGGCAAGAAACUCAUGGCUGUUCGUAUCGUGAAGCACGCCUUUGAGAUUAUCCAUCUUUUAACUGGAGAGAACCCAUUGCAAGUUCUUGUAACGGCUAUCAUAAAUUCUGGUCCCCGUGAAGACUCAACUAGAAUCGGCCGUGCUGGUACGGUCCGCCGUCAGGCUGUGGAUGUGUCUCCACUACGCCGUGUGAACCAGGCUAUCUGGUUAUUGUGCACAGGGGCUCGUGAAGCUGCAUUUAGAAACAUCAAAACAAUUGCUGAGUGUGUUGCCGAUGAACUCAUCAAUGCUGCUAAAGGUUCAUCAAAUUCUUAUGCUAUCAAGAAAAAGGACGAGUUGGAGCGAGUAGCUAAAUCCAACCGUUAAUUCUUUUUAAAGGCAGGUCUCAAUAAAAAUUUAAGAAUA